UAGCUAUAAAAGCCAGAAGGAGCUGAGGACGGAGGUUUGAGAGUCAGACGGCUCAACCUCCGUAAAGCUCAGUGUUUUAUUGUGAAGGCUCAGUGUUUUAUUGUGAAGGCUCAGUGUUUUAUUGUGAAGGCUCAGUGUUUUAUUGUGAAGGCUCAGUGUUUUAUUGUGAAGGCUCAGUGUUUUAUUGUGAAGGCUCAGUGUUGUGGUCAUGCCGUGGCUGCUUUCCUCUCAGCUGGAGCUGCUGUCGUCGUCUCCGUCGGAGCGGCAGUGCGAGCGGACGGCGUUCAGCUUCUACUGCGCCGUGCGGGAGCUGCAGCCGGUCUGGCUGCUGGAGGAAACGCGCAGGAUGGAAGUGUUCUGCUGGGACGCCGGCCGGGCCGCGGCCUUCUCCGCCUCCGAGGCGUUGCUGUACGCCGUGGUGCACGACCAUCAGGACUACGCUCGGUACCUGCUGGACAGGUACUCGCUGAGCGCGCUCACUGCGCCGCGCUGCAGCUUCUGCAGCCGCCGCAGCGGCGGCGCCCCGCACCUGAACGUGGCCGUGCGCUACAACCGCAUCUCCGUCCUCGCCAUGAUAGUCGAGGCUCUGAAGGACUACGACGCAGAGGAGGCGCGGCGGGCGUACCUGGACAGCUGCGGCGGCUGCGCUCACGGUGCGGACGCGGGGAAGACGGCGCUGCAGGUUGCGGUGGAGCUGUCGCGGCCGGACUGUUUGCUGCUGCUGCUGGUUCACGGCGCGCUGCCGCACGGCCUCGACGCCGCGCUGCAGCGACUCGACACCGCCGCUGCCGGGGAGCGCCGGGACGCGCAGCGCUGCCUGGACUUCCUGCUGCUCUUCCUGCCGGAAGCACCGGCGAUGCGCCACCUGCAGGACGAGACGCCGCACUGGCAAAGCCUUCUGGGAAAUGAAGUGUUUACCUGGCUGUGCGGUUUGGCUCCGCCCCCCCUGCUGCUGCAGGCUCUCAGGACUUUGGCCCGCUCCGUCCCGGGUCAGAUCUCACACCUGCCCGCUCUCCUCCAGCCACUCAGCUGGCCCUGACAACCGUCACCAUGACAACAGACUAUGAACACUGCUGUGAUCGGCUGAUUUGUGAAUGAUAACCUGUCAUGUGACGCCUGGAUGUAAAUAAUGUAUUUAAUGUUUAAUGUUUAAUAAACUGAAGAGAAAAAAAGUCAUGUUUGAAAUGUUUU